AUGAGUGAUCCUUGCAAAUUACCGUUAAAUUUGAUUUGCUUUUUUCACUUUCUGAUACGAUCAGUAGUAGCGCAACCAAAGUUCUUCUUUAUCGCAUUACUGUCACAGCGGGUAUGGACAUUAGAAGAGCCAACACUGGAAUGCUUUACGGACGGCCUGCGAUUAUAUUUCGAACCGGAAAAGCCAUUUCGUGGACAUAUUUAUGUGAAGGGAUACUUUAUGCAUGAGAAGUGUCACUUAGAUUUCACACGGAAUCCCAUUGUCAGCCCAUUUCACUUUAGUAUUUUAUACAAAAGCGCUUGCAUUCAGAAAUGCGAAAUGCAGAAAGAACCACCAGGCAUCAACUAUAACAUUAUUAUCAUUGUUCAACAUCACUAUUUAUUUCUAACGCAAGCUGAUAAAGCGUUUAGUGUCAAUUGCUUCUAUGAAACUGGCUACGACAGUUUAUCUAAAAACAUAGAAGUCAACGGUGGCUUAGCGACGACAGAUCUGAAAAACGAAAUCGUUACUAAUUGUGUCUAUGAGAUUCUGAUGGAUUCGGUAGAUGGCCAACCGGUAAAGUAUGCAAAUAUUGGCGAUCAACUGGUCCAUAAGUGGAGUUGCGCAUCGGAGGAGUACGGUAUGUUCAUUCAUUCAUGCUUUGUUCACACACCUGAUAAUGGUACUUUCCAGUUUGUCGAUGAUCAAGGCUGUAUCACAGAUCAGACAUUAAUGGGUCCAUUGAUCUAUAGUGAUAAUCUCACAGUGGCGCAUUCUGUGGUACCAGCGUUCAAAUUUGCCGAUCAACUUAUCAUUCAGUUUCAGUGCAAAGUGACAUUAUGUGCUAAAGCAGAAAAUGGCUGUGAAGACAUUUCGCCACCCAACUGUGAAAUUAUUUUGACUUCAACUUUGACUUCAAUUCCAACUUCGACCUCAAUUUCAACUUCGAUUUCCAUUUCAACUUCGACUUCGAUUUCAACUUCGACUUCGAUUCCAACUUCAACUUCGAUUUCAAUGUUGACCUCGACAACUGAAUUUCCUAUACUACAGAGUACCGAUCGCGCAAUUUGUAACGAUGAUCUUAGUGCAAGUAAACCGAACUGUUCUGCAGCAUUGGACAUGCAGUCUAUGAGUUACAGACGAAAGCGUUUCCUGAAUGAAUCUCGAAUGAAAAUAAAUUCAGUUUCUCUCACUAAAGCAAAUUCCACCAAUGCCAAUCACUUUACAUUCGAUGUUCAUGCUGAUCAGUUGGUGAUUUUUGAACGUAACGAAAUAAAUCAGACAGGAUUACCCGAAGUACCACACGUAUCAUGCGAAGCGAUACGCAAUGGAAUUCUUUUGCAAACCGCAGUUUUCAUUCUGUUUGGAGGACUCCUUCUAACUGCCAUUUUUGUGCAGAAAAUUUACUACAGUAAAUGUAUAACCAAAAGUUUCGUUCCAACUUCCGAAAAGUAUCUUCAACGAUGGCUAAUUUGA